UUCAGAAAAGUGAGACAUGUGUCCUGAAUGCUGAAGAGUAGCCCUCUAACAGGGUCAUGAACCUAAGACAAGUCUUUGUGUCUGUACUGAUGUUUGGAGUAGCUGGUCUACUCCUCUUCAUGUAUCUGCAAGCUUGGAUUGAAGAACAACAUACAGAGUCUGGAGAGAAAUUGCAACAACAGAUAAUUAAUCAGGAAUUCACGGUCCCACCUCCAGGGACAGAGAGGAGAGCAGCGUGGAGCAGUAGUGCUCCUUCUGGCCUCAGUAAGCACAAGAUGGCUGUCUUGGGCAGCAGGCACUGGUGGGGCGAGGCUGACCCUUUUAGUGUGGUGGCUGCCUCCUUGGUGAGCCAGCUGUCUGACCCGCAGAAGAUGAGCGAGUCACCUCUCGGCCGGUUCAGAGGGGUGUAUUUGCCCCCUGCACUGCACCCUUUAAACAAGUCGUUAGUCAAGGGUGGCCAGUGGGAGGAAGUGGAUAGCACCCAAGAAAAGCGCAGGACCUUCCUGCAUGACUUCUGUGAGAAAUACAACAACAGAAAGAAGCUGCCAACCCACCUCGCACACCUGGUGUCAAGAAUUUACGUGGAAGAUAGGCACAAGGUCCUGUACUGUGAAGUGCCGAAAGCAGGCUGCUCCAAUUGGAAAAGGGUCCUCAUGGUGCUCAAUGGACUCGCCACUUCAACACACAACAUUUCCCACGAUGAUGUGCACUACGGGAAGCAUCUAAGGAAACUGGACAGUUAUGACCUAAAAGGGAUAUACACACGUUUGAACACGUACACCAAGACUAUAUUUGUACGUGAUCCUAUGGAAAGACUGGUGUCUGCCUUCAGGGAUAAGUUUGAACAUCCAAACAGCUAUUACCAUCCAGUAUUUGGGAAAGCAAUAAUUAAGAAGUAUAGACAUAAUGCAAAUGAAGAAGCAUUGAAAACAGGAUCGGGAGUUAAGUUCAGAGAGUUUAUCCAGUAUCUGUUAGAUUCCCAUCGCCCAGUAGGAAUGGACAUUCAUUGGGAGCAAGUCAGUAAGCUCUGCUAUCCCUGCCUCAUCAACUAUGAUUUUAUAGGAAAGUUUGAAACCUUAGAAGAAGAUGCCAAUUACUUUUUGCAGCUGGUAGGUGCUCCACCUGAGCUGAAGUUUCCUAAAUUCAAAGACAGACAUUCCUCUGAUGAGAGAACAAGUGCAGAAGUAGUGAGACAAUACUUAAAGGAAUUGUCUAAGGAGGAGAGACAGCUGACCUACGACUUCUAUUACUUGGAUUACUUAAUGUUCAAUUAUACAUCACCAAUUGUAUAGCACCAGAAUAGCUUCAGGCUUCUAUUAGAUAUUUAUCAUUUUGGGAUUCAAAACAACUACUUUGAUAUUAGCCCUGAAAGGAAACAGUUACUGCUAAGUGGAGUUGUCUUGACUUAGUGGGGAUUUUUUAAGCUAGAGUGACAUCAAUUGACAUUAAGUUAUAGGCGAAUGUACAAAAAAAGACCUGUAAACAGCAUAAAUUGCACUAAAAUGGCUGAAAAAGCUGCUUUUACCAUUAUGGAUUGUGCUGUGGAAGGGGUAGUGCAGCCAGCUGUUGCAUUAGCUUACCUAAUGUUGUUUUAAUGGUUUAAG